AAUAAUUUAGUAUAUGACCUUGGCUGGCCACCAGAGCUGUUCCUCAGGCUUUCGCCUCCACACACCUCAACCUCUCAGUAAUCUGCUCUCAGCCCACGUGGUUUCAACUAUAAAACAAAGUUUCCGCGCGAGGCGGCUUUAGUCGCUUGAUUGCACGGGGGAAAGCGCGACACCGUUUCCGUCACGCGCGCAGCCUGUGCACGGGCCAGAACGUCGGGACUUUCUGUUCUUUUAUAAUUCUAAGCCGUGACCUGGAUGGAAAGAAGGUGCGAUCCAAAAGCGGACAAUGUUUCAGCUCUUUGGACUUUUAGUGACUAAUUAGUGCGCUCGGAUUCUGACUGCACUAUUUUGUUUUGUUUUGUUUUGGGAUGAACUGCCUCAUGCCGUCAUUAGGAGGAGGAGGAGGAGGAGAUGUCAAACAGAAGGAUGAAAUGUGGCUUGUACGCUGUAUGUGCACUGAUCUGAUCUAGCCUGAGCCUGAGUUCGGAUGCUCGAAGUCAAGCCCAUCUCUUCUGACCCGAGUCGCUCUAUCCUUGACCAAAACCAUGACGCACGAAUCUUUCAUUAAGAUAACUAAUGGAAGUCUGGAUUGUUCCUAAUUCAGCUCAUUCUUGAGCUCAAGAUAUUAACUUUUCAGUUAUUUUUAUGAACACAUUGUUUAAAUGUGGCAGCACAGCAUCGAUUUACCUGGAACGACGGAUCUGUGAAUGCAAAGUAAAAACUAAAUUACGCAAGGCACCCGGUCUGUCCGAUUGAAGUUGACGCCAGUUGCCGCGGCGGAGAGAAGAUGAAGGUGAUCGUGCCGGUGAUGUGUAGUUUAAUGGCUUGCGUGCUGUCAGUGCGGAGCGCCGGAAGCGAUACGCACGCGCUGCCCCGGGACUCUUGCGCGUCAUGCGGCCUCAGCCGUCCGGAUGUUCCAGACGCGAUGGACACGGACUUCCUGGAGGCGGUAAAGAGGCACAUCCUGAGCAGGCUGCAGAUGAGGCAGAGACCAAACAUCACGCACCCGAUCCCCAAGGCGGCCAUGGUCACGGCACUGAGGAAGCUCCAUGCUGGGAAAGUGAGGGAGGACGGGAGGUUCGAGAUUCCCAGUUUAGAUGGCCAAGCCGCUUACAGUAACGAUGCGCAAAAGGAAACAUCAGAAAUCAUCAGCUUUGCCGAGUCAGAUGACCUGACUUCAGUGAAGUCCAGCCUCUAUUUUGUGAUCUCCAAUGAGGGUAAUCAGAACCUGUAUGUGCUGCAAGCCAAUCUAUGGCUAUACUUCAAACUUCUGCCUGGAGGCUUGGAGAAAGGUGUGCGUCGGAAGGUAACAGCGAGGGUGCACUACCAGGACUCUGGUGGUCAGGAAAAAUGGGUUGAGAAGCGAUUGGAGCUGAAGCGCAGUGGGUGGCACACAUUCCCACUGUCAGAAGCAGUCAGAACGGCGUUAGAGAAAGGUAGCCGACGGCAGGACUUGGAUGUGCACUGUGAAGGCUGUGAGGUCGCCAGUGUGGCACCUGUGCUGGUGGACAUAGGUGAUCCCUCUCACCGACCUUUCCUGGUGGUGCGGGCACGCCAGGGAGAGGGAAAACAUCGUAUCCACAAGCGUGGCCUGGAGUGCGAUGGAAAUCAUGGUGGUCUGUGCUGCAGGCAGCAGUUCUACAUUGACUUUAGGCUCAUAGGCUGGAAUGACUGGAUCAUCGCACCUGCUGGCUACUUUGGCAACUAUUGCGAGGGCAGCUGCCCUGCGUAUAUGGCAGGCGUGCCAGGCUCAGCCUCCUCGUUCCAUACAGCUGUGGUCAAUCAGUACCGUAUGCGAGGCAUAAGCCCAGGCUCAGUGAACUCCUGUUGCAUCCCUACAAAGCUCAGCACCAUGUCCAUGCUCUACUUUGAUGAUGAGUACAAUAUUGUCAAACGGGAUGUUCCUAACAUGAUUGUGGAGGAAUGUGGUUGUGCCUGAGGCUGAUCAGGGAAUUGUAGUCUUUGAAUGUAGUCAAAGGACAUUACAACAGCAGUGGCAUAUUUAUGGGCCUGUACCACAGGGAUCUACGUUAUUAUAUGUACACUCAAAAUGCAGCAUCACACACUAGUGUAUGUGCAUGGAGCAGUGGUUCAUCAGAUAUAAAACAGGAGUAAUUCUGUUACAAUCUACAAACAUAAAGGCAUUGAAAUGAGAAGGGAAUGGUAAUCACCAAAUGUUUUGGCUUUUUUUUUUUUCGAAUUAAAAAUAUGAUGUUGCAACUUUUUCUCCAACAGAACAGAAAGGGACAUUUACCUGUGACCAGCUGGUAUUGCCCACUGCUUUGAGUAAUUACCAACAACCCUUCCAAGACUAGUGAAAGCACUGACGUUACAACUCCUUUACACUUCAGAACAUCAGCACUUCAAAGACAGUGACAAAUCAUUCCAUAGAAGUGGAGUUUUCAAUAACUAUAUAUGACACCUUGUAUGGUCCUCAAAGCAUUCCCAUUACCAUGGCUGAAAUUUUCUGUGGCAUUCUAUAUCAAAUGGAAGGCUAAAUGAAACUGCUCGUGGCCUCUUGGACAACACUGUAACAAAGCGGCUUUCCCUCACCCUGCGCAUGCAUAGUCCAUGUGGUAGACCGCUAAACCAAGACAUGAGGUCCAACAGGUGAAGUGUGAUGUUAUAGCUCUUUGGCUGUGAACUUCAAUGGCUCAUAAAUGCUGUCAGCACCAUGUGCUCUGUGGAGGCAUUAUUACUGACCAGCUGGCAGUACAGCACUUGCAAAAAUGCUCUAAAUGCACAAUCUAAAGCACUUGCCUAUUGAAAUGCCUUCAAAAGGAUUGUCAAGAGGUACACCUACACCAAUCCUCACUCAGUCCUACUCAUAUAAAGUGCCGCAUAACCUAUGCAAUGUAUAGUAAUCCUGGUCCAGACCAAGAUUUCUCUUCUGCUAUUCUUUAACUCGUUAUCAAAUACUUGAAAUGUGAUAUUUCGCUUUCUUUCAAAAGCGGAUGAUUGUUCAUAUAUUUGCACUGAAAAGUUGCAGAAAUAACUUAAAGACAAAACAACAAUAACACAAUGCUUUGGAAAAAAUAUUUUUAUAAUAGUCAACUGAAUUUUUUUGAAAAUUUGUUUGUACCGUAUAAUGGAACCAAAGAGGCCAAUCUUUUAGUUAUUAUAAUAUGGUGGCAAGGCUAUUAAAAUAUUUGUACAAUAUUUGUUUUUACUUUUUGAGAAGCCUAAUCACUAUAUCAGGGUACAUCACCACAGAUUCCAUUUCAGAUCACGAUGCAUUUUUUUUUAUUUUGUACAGCAAACAUUUCAUAUUUAAUUCUCUCAUUUUCUAUGUAGUGAAACUUAUUUUUAGUUGUUGGUAUAAAGUCAACCAGUAAACACAAUUUCUGUACAGUUUAUGUAAAAAAUAAAAUAAGCUUUCAUAAAUAUUU